ACACAAGUAGCUCCAACUUAAGACACCUCAAAACCUCCAACUUUUGAAACCUUUUGUUUGAUAACAUAAAAAUGGAGAAAAGUAAAUCGUUUCCGAAUUACUCGACUCCGUAUGUAGAAGCCCGGUUUGCGUUCGAGGAUCGAGACAAGUCGUUCAGCUUCAACGGCCCUGGAGAUCGAGAAAAUCCCAAGGUGAAGCGAAGAAAGAGGGUAGCUUCAUAUAACAUGUACACCAUGGAAGGCAAACUCAAAUCUUCCUUAAGGAACAGCUUCAAAUGGAUCAAGAACAAGUUUACCGACACCUACGAUUCAUCCCGUUCUUGAUCCUGAUCCUGAUCUUACGUAUGUAUAUAUGCGUGUGUGUGUGUGUGUUUAGGUUUUUCGGUUUUUCGGUUUUUUUUUUGUUGCUUUGUAUCAUCUUGUUUUUGACUUUAUAAUUGAAGGUCUGGUUUCUCAAGUAUAUAAUAUUUCUAUAAAACAAAUAAUUAGGUAUGGUUCUUGGUUUUUUGUGACGUUUAAACCAUUGACCUUACGGGAGGUUGAGUCAACAUGGAUACCGUUGCACCAA